GGAGCUUCCUGGCGAGGUUUCCAUGUUUCCAUCGAUUGACGAUUGACAGAUCACAACUUUCUAAACAGCCUGAGCAACACAGCUCCAACACCCACCCUGCACCAAACACAAGAAGGAGCCCACUCCACUAAACCCACCUACAUGUACUAGUACUAACGAAAGGAAGGUUGUGUACCAUUGAUUUUGGAUAUACGAGACUAACAAACAAUGGAUGACGAGAAAGAGCAGCAAGCUGAAGCCUCGGAGAUGGCUGGGCAGGCCAUGGCUGACGGCAGUGAAACCCAUGAGACGAAGAGCGCAACGGACGCGAGUUUGGUCUCGUGUGAGCUGCAAAAGGCAGCUGCCAAGUUGGCAUUAUCACCUGGUGAGACAAUGGCCAUCUUGAACGAUGAUAUGGAGACCUGGCAGCAGCUUUGUAAGGAAUCAAAUGCUACCACGACCUCGUGCGGACUACAUAGAGCCUGUACCACUUUGGCCUUGAAACCGAGCGAGACAUUGGCUCUGGUAAGCGGCAUUUACAUUGGAAAUGGGCACAAGCUUGAUGGCGAUGUACUGCAAAAAGUAGCAGUCCAGAUGGCAUUGGCAUGCGGGGAGACAUUGGAUCUCCAAGGUGACGAUAUUGAAACGGGGCUGUGCAGCGACGAUAUGCAAAAGGCAGCAGCCAAAUUGGCCUUGACGCCUGGUGAAACCAUAGCAAUCAUGAAUGGGGAUUCUUAUUCGGGACAGCAGCUUGCUAUUGAUAGGGAUGAAAUAAUGCAAGAGCCAAGCGCCAAGCUAUCACAGGGGGAGACACUGGCUCUGUUGCUUGGAGUCGUUGAAUCAGAGCAAACCCCAACCAGUGCAUCAAAAUGCACUGCAAAACUCGACGAUAUUGCCCAGGCGGCAUCUGAAGCACCUAAAAUCGGACGGAGUGUACCGGCCUCUUCUCCUAGUCCGGACUACGCACAGCCUCCACAGUUUCAAGAGCGAAUCGAUACUGGUGUCCCGGGGGCAUAUCACAGUGAACCAGGCAGGCACGAGGAAAGGAGAGGUGGCUUCGUCCCUGGUGAAUACACACGAGCGAGCGUUCGCCGCUUUUCAUUAUCACCAGAGGCACCUGACGCUGCCACCACUGACGAUUCAACAUCAACUCCUGAAGAUUACCAGCAGCAUAUUCAUGGUUUGGUAGAAGCGAAACCGGUCUCUGAAGAGCUAUCCCACGCCUGUCCAGUGGACCACAGUUCUUCAAAAAAGAGAGAGAAUGACGCAAAGGGGCGGGCAUGGUUUAUGCAACGGUUCUGCAUCCUUCUUGUAUUGGGGGUGACAGUGGUGGCGAUUGUAAUUGGGACAACGUCUGGUCGCCAAAAUACUAGCCCGGACGCUGAGAAGGUGCCAAGUAGCCAAGACGUGGAUGACGACCCUGCCGAUUCCUCAACGUCGCCAAAAGGGACAAUGGCCCCGACAUCGUACUUCUUUGGUCUGCUACCUGGGUAUUCCCGAGAUGUCAUUCUAGAGGACACGGAAGGCACUCUACCGCAAUCAAGAGCCUACGAAUGGGUCCUUCGGGAUCCUCAUUUGGAAAACUUCACAGAUGCUAGGCUGCUUCAAAGGUAUGCCAUGGCUACGUUUUACUAUUCCACUGAAGGUGUGAACUGGCUAGAAAACGGCAGGGGAAUCACGAGGGGAAACACCUCUUCUAUUGCUGUUCCUGAGGGCACUCAUGUGCGGUCGGCACGCUGUAAUGGUCCAGGUGGAGACCAAUAUACAUGGCUUGACUACAGUGCCCCUCACGAAUGCUGUUGGUACAGCAUGGCCAUAGACGAUGGGAAGCAACUGUGCAAUGAGAAGGAUGAAGUUGCCAACCUGAUGUUCAUACAGAACAAUCUUGUUGGGACAAUUCCUCCCGAGCUUGCGUUGCUCGGCUCAUUGAAACACAUCUUCUUGAUGAGAAACAGCAUAUCUGGCGCAUUGCCUGUGGAAGUCUUCUCUGCACUAGCUGAGAUUCAAGAGCUAAGGUUGGGUGACAACCAAAUAUCUGGUACUAUCCCUGAAGAAAUCAUUCUUUGGAAUGAAACUAUUAGAUUCCUGCAGAUGGAAAACAAUGUUCUCACUGGGUCACUGCCAGGUGAGCUAUGGCAAUUGACCAAGCUGACCUCCAUUUUUCUUGCACAGAAUUACUUGACUGGGUCUUUGGCUGGUGAGGUUUCCAAUCUUCAAGAAUUGAAAAUCCUCGAGUUAUCAAAUAAUCAGCUUGAUACCACUAUUCCCUCUGAACUAGGGGUAGUCCGUGCCUUGAAGUCCCUAACACUUGCCGAAAAUACUCUGGGCGCCAUCCCAAGUGAACUUGGGCGGCUCACCAACUUGAUCCAUUUGGUCCUCACUGGAGCAAGACUAUCCUCAACUUUGCCUUCAGAACUUGGACUACUCUCCCAGUUGAGAAGAUUCAGUGUUGACAAGAACCCAGAUCUUGUAGGGCAAAUUCCUGCAUCCAUGGGUCAACUUGUUCCGGCCAAUACCAGCCAGAUCCCCGAAUGCAAUCAGGCCCCGCCUCCAGGAUAUGAUCGAUCACCAGAUGGUCGGUAUGAUUUGGAUUGGGUGUUUCUGAGUGACACUGGCUUGACUGGGAACAUACCAGAUGAAUGGUGCACAGGCUUGGAUAUUUUGUGUUUUGACUGCACAAAUCCAUCACAGCUAUGUGGAUGUGGCUGUCCCUGCGAUUAGAGCUUAAAACUUGGUAAUAUGUUUUGUCUUCCCCUUAGCUAGAGUAGAAGCAAGCAUGUAAAUGGACCCCGUAGUCCUCCUGGCAACGGCCGCUCCACUAGCUAGAAAUUACAGGAAAGUCUGCA